GGGCGGAGGAGGCGCCGCCGCGGAGCCCCCGGACGCGACCAUGUCGGAGGUGCUGCCCUACGGCGACGAGAAGCUGAGCCCCUACGGCGACGGCGGCGACGUGGGCCAGAUCUUCUCGUGCCGCCUGCAGGACACCAACAACUUCUUCGGGGCCGGGCAGAACAAGCGGCCGCCCAAGCUGGGCCAGAUUGGCCGGAGCAAGCGGGUUGUUAUUGAAGAUGAUAGAAUUGAUGACGUGCUGAAAAAUAUGACAGACAAGGCACCUCCUGGUGUCUAACUCCCCCAAAGACAAUGAGUUAAGGGAGAGAAUAAGAACGGCGCUAACAGUUACUGACAAAAAAGAGCGUGAAAAGAGAAAGCACUUGGAAAUUUCUUACUAGCUUGCUACCCACGAUGAAAUCAAGAACCUGUGUCUCCUAUCAGGCCGGGAGACAGAUGAGGCAUGAGAAGGAGGAGGGAUAAGCAGGUUCUGGGCUUCUCUGCAAAA